UGUUUAGGCUGUGGCCGGUUUUGUGAUUUUGAUCCUGAAUACUAAAUCUAGAAUCAUCUUUGUUGCAGUAAAAUAAUACCGGUCUAUCAAAAUGACGAGCUUCCCAGGAAGCAUAGCUUUCGAUGAAUAUGGAAGGCCUUUCAUAAUUCUGCGAGACCAGGACAAACAAAAAAGGUUAACAGGAAUCGAUGCCUUAAAGUCUCAUAUUCUGGCUGCUCGUCAAAUUGCCAAUAUAAUCCGAACUUCUUUAGGCCCCAAAGGAUUAGAUAAAAUGAUGGUCUCUCCAGAUGGCGAAGUUACUGUUACAAAUGAUGGGGCUACCAUUUUAAAAAUGAUGGACGUUGAUCAUGAAAUAGCAAAGUUAUUAGUACAAUUGUCUCAGUCGCAAGACGACGAAAUAGGCGAUGGAACAACUGGUGUAGUUGUCUUAGCAGGAGCUCUGUUGGAACAGGCGGGAUCUCUUUUAGAUCGUGGGAUCCACCCGAUUAGAAUUGCAGAUGGUUUCGAAUUAGCCUGCCAGACAGCAGUAAAACAUUUAGAAAAAAUUGCGGAACUAUUUCCGGUAUCCGCGGAAAACACCGAACCUCUAAUUAAAGUCGCUAUGACCACUUUAGGAUCGAAGAUCAUCAAUAAAUGCCACCGUCAAAUGGCAGAAAUAGCUGUUAAUGCCGUUCUGGCAGUGGCCGAUUUGGAACAUAAAGACGUUAACUUUGAACUGAUUAAAGUGGAGGGAAAGGUCGGCGGAAGGUUAGAAGACACGGUACUAGUAAAAGGCGUGGUUAUUGACAAAACUAUGUCUCAUCCUCAGAUGCCUAAAGAGUUGAAAGACGUGAAAAUAGCGAUUUUGACCUGCCCGUUCGAGCCACCGAAACCAAAGACUAAGCAUAAGUUGGACGUUACCAGUGUGGAAGAUUACAAGCAGUUGAGGCAGUACGAACAGGAUAAGUUUAAGGAAAUAGUAGGAUUGGUCAAAAAAGCGGGCGCGAACUUAGCCAUCUGCCAAUGGGGCUUCGACGACGAAGCGAACCAUUUACUUCUCCAACAGGAACUCCCUGCCGUUAGAUGGGUAGGCGGUCCGGAAAUCGAGCUGAUCGCCAUCGCCACCGGAGGCCGCAUUGUACCGAGAUUCGAGGAACUGAGCCCCGAGAAAUUGGGCACGGCCGGCCUGGUCCGAGAAUUAUCCUUCGGUACGACCAAAGACAGGAUGCUGGUCAUCGAACACUGCUCUAAUUCCCGUGCGGUGACCAUCCUGGUCCGCGGCGGCAGUCAGAUGUUGGUCGCCGAGGCCAAGAGGAGCUUGCACGAUGCCAUUUGCGUUAUCAGAAGCUUAGUUCAGGAGCCUAGAGUCGUGUAUGGAGGCGGCGCAGCAGAAGUCGCUUGCAGUUUGGCCGUUGCGGCGCAGGCCGAUCAGUUGGCUUCUCUAGAGCAGUACGCGUACAGGGCGUUCGCCGAAGCCUUGGAGAGCGUUCCGUUGGCUCUGGCCGAGAAUAGCGGUCUAUCUGCAAUCCAUGUUCUCGGGGAAGUAAAGGCUAAACAGUCUUCGUCUGGAGACCCGGCUCUGGGCAUCGACUGCAUGGCGACCGGCAACAUAAACAUGCGUGACCAGCACGUCAUCGAAUCCCUCAGGUCGAAGAGGCAGCAGCUGCUGCUUGCCACCCAGCUGGUCAAGAUGAUCCUGAAAAUCGACGACGUCCGUCAACCCAACGACGGACCCGGACGUUGAUUUUUUUGUAUUUAUUUAUUAAAAUGUAGCUGGUAACAAAUUUUGAAUGUGCUUUUACAAAUCUUUUGUAUUACUUCCUCUCAUUAAUCAUAUUUUUAGUGUUCUAAUAAAAUCAUGGUAACUUA